CAUCAUCGACAACGAGAUCAAGAUUAAAGAUACCUUAAUUUAGAGUCUCAUCUUUCUACUUGGAAUUCUCGUCCGAGAUAGUAGACAGACAAAGUCGUGGAUAAGAAAGACAAAAAAUGCGAUUGACUGAAAGAAGUUCGAAUGACCACCAGUAUCGCCGUUCGCUCUACAGUACAAUGAUGACAUCUUUAUUCACUGUCGUAGUUCUUUUUGCGCUGCUGCUACCUGCAUCUAAUGGAUUUGUUGUCUUGAAACCAUCAAGACUAUCGGUCAGCACGAGAACAAGUUCGAUCCAUCAGAAAGCAUACGCACCAGCAAUAUUCCUAUCGGCUUCAGCGUCAUCCGCCGCCGAAACACAGGAAACAGAUCUUUCGCCAGAGGUACUGGCUGAGGUAUUGGAGGUGGCCACCAGAGCCGCCAAAGAGGCGGGUGACAUCAUCUUGGGAAACGCCGGGGGCGCCGAGGUGACCGAGCGCAAGGCAAAUAGUCGUGAUCUUCUCACACUCAUCGACCCCCUCUGCGAAUCGACAAUACGAGCGACCGUCCUGGAGCAAUUCCCCGAUCACGACUUUUUGGGCGAGGAAGACGUCGAUCCAGGAGCCGAAGCCAGCGCGGCAGCCAUCGACAACAAACUCAGCGGGGACGACAAGAGUGACUGGCUCUGGAUCGUCGAUCCCAUCGAUGGCACCACGAAUUUCGUUCACGGAAUGCCCCUCAACAUGCCGUCCAUUGCGGCUGCCUACAAGGGAGAAGUAGUGGUCGGUGUCAUUUACGAUCCCCACCGAGACGAGAUUUUUUGCGCGACAAGAGGAGGAGGUUCUACCCUAAACGGAGAGCCCAUCAAGGUGGGAGAACAGAACGAGCUUGGUGACGCCGUCGUGGCCAUGGGAAGCCCCCCGGGCGAGGAAAGCAUGAAAAUGAGCUUGCUGGGUGCCCAGACCCUGAUGCCAAAAGUGAGGACCAUUCGGAUGCUCGGAUCGGCGGCCAUCAUGCUUGCCUGGAUCGCCAACGGCCGACUGACAGCCUACUGGGAGUACGACCUCAGCUCCUGGGACGUAGCGGCGGGUGCUCUGAUCAUUCAAGAGGCGGGCGGAAAUUUUACGGACCUCGCGGGGGAUCCCUUCUCGUUGCGGACCCGAAAAACCGUGGCCAGCAACGGGAAGAUUCACGAGGAAUUGCUCGCCGCCCUGAACGAGGCUGGGGUUGUCUGAUGGCCUUUUCUCAGAGCAGAAAACGAGAGCGAGCGGGCGGAUAAAAUCUGGUUGCGCACACCGCAUACCGAUUCCAUAACAAUUGCCUGUUAUUGAAGCUCGCGGUCACAAUGUGGUAGCUCAUUGAUGAAUCGAUUCGACAGGGUCGCCAGUUGUAGAAACGACAUGUAUGCAUGACCGUGCACAAGAAAUCGGUGACCCAUCAAUGAUACAUUCGGUUGUACUUGAUGCUCCAGUGCAAAAUAGCUAGCCAAUCAACCAAAUCAAUAUUGUGAACAAUACAUAAUCCACUGUGUU